AGAAGUCCCGCCCCGGGGCGGGGCCGCGCGCACCAUGGCGGCCUCCAGGCUGCGGUGGCCCGCUGGGCUGCUCGCGCUGAGGACCCUGCCCGGCCGCCGGCCUCUGCACGACGCGACCCCGCUGCGGGAUGUUCUGCUCUUCGAGCACGAACGGGGCCGCUUCUUUGCCGUUCUUUGGCUGUUCUGCGCGGGCCAGGGCGUCUUCUGGGCCUCCCUGGCCGUGGCAGCCUUGGCCCGACCCCCGGUCCCGGCGCGGCCUGCGGACGCGGAACUCCCAGACCGCGGCCGCUCGGACGUGCGCUCCGCGCUCUGGCGCUACUGCCUGGCCAUCGGCUGUGGCUCCAUCGGUACCCUGGUACUUGGUGCUGGUCUUCUCUUCUCCCUCCGCUCUGUGCGUUCAGUGAUGCUGCUGGCCGGAGGGAAGCAGGUGACCUUCAGCACUCAUGCCCCCUUUGGCUUGGGUGCCCAUUUCACUGUUCCUUUGAACCAGGUAUCCUGCAUGGCCCACCGUGGUGAAGUCCCUGCCAUGUUGCCUCUGAAGGUCAAAGGCUGGCGCUUCUACUUUCUCUUGGACAAAGCUGGACAUUUUCCCAACAUGAAACUCUUUGACAACACUGUGGGUGCCUACCGUAGCUUGUGAAGAAGCCACCAGUCACUCACCCCUCCCAGAGAGGAAUAAAAACUAAACCUCAGGGAUAGAGGGACAACCAGGGUGACACAAGGGGGCCCAAGAUUUAUUAGCAGCAAAUAAAAGAGCAGUCAUUCCAAGGGCA